AUGGCCGGCGCGCAGUACUCCAUGGCGUCAUACAUCACCCAUGUCAUGCAGGGACUUCCUAGCAGCUAUAACCUCCUGAAGCGGCUGUCUAUGGCGCCGAGCACGAGGGCGAUGCUCAACGAGGACAACUUGACCUCGUACAUCCUGCAGGACGAGGCGAUGCAGGAGGCUGAGCGUGACUCCGACGACGACAACGCUAAGGGAGGCCGUGGGAGGUCUAGUAGCCGUCGCCCUCGUCGUGGAGGAAACCAGCCGCACAAGGAGAUGCAGUCAACCAAGACAUCGACUUUGGCAAAGGACGCCGACUCUGCUGCAGGCGGCAAGGGGCAAGACGACAAGACGGCGUCGUGCUCGCUGGUCAGCGUCGUGGAGCCGACCAUCUCUCUGGCUCCGGAGGCCGGAGAGGACUUCCAGGCGGUGGCGGCAGCUGUGCAGGCGAACCCGGCGGUGGUCCUGCUCGACAGCGGUUGCUCCCACCACCUGAUGGGGACGAAGGAAGCCUUCGUCGACCUGCAGCCGAGCGACGCCAUCAGGCAUGUGCGCGACUUCAAUGGGGCGCUGCAGGAUGUCCAGGGCCGCGGCACCGUCGCUCUGCAAGGGGAGGCCGGGAAGGAGGUCCUCAUCCCUGACGUGCUGUACGUUCCGGGUGUGCGGGCAAACCUGCUUUCCGCCGGCCAGCUGAAGGAGCACGGCAUGAAGCUGCAGGAGGACGGAGAAAGAAUGAUGCUCGUCUCUGCAGCCGGAGUGGUGCUCGGUCGGGCUUAG